UGUAUGUCUUUUAUAACACACAUUGAGUUGAUUGUUGACAACAAUACCAGAGUUCAGCUGUUUUUGUCAAUACAUUGAGUAAAUCAAUUGAUUGUCACCAAAAACACGUCCACUUCUUUGCCCUCUAAUUGCCAUUUAUUAGUGAAUUUAUGUUUUAAUUAUAAUAUAAUGUUUUUACUAUAAACCAUAGGAUUAUUAAUUAAUUAACUAAUUGUUUGUAAAAUUUGAAAAAUAGGCAAAAAAUAUACAAAUUGUGAAUUGAUUUGAAAGCAUUUGUGUACUUCAAUGGGGUACGACACGACCCGCUUUGACGCACCCGUCGAUGAAGAGCUCAUUUGUCCCAUUUGUUCCGGUGUUCUCGAAGACGCUCUUCAAGCUCCGGUCUGUGAACACGCCUUCUGUGGUUCGUGUAUUAAAGAAUGGCUGUCUCGUCAGAUGACAUGUCCAGUGGACAGACAACCGGUCAGUUCAUCGCAGCUGAAGUCCGCGCCACGGAUUCUGCGAAAUCUAUUGUCGCGUCUGAACAUAGAGUGCGAUAACGCGUCCUUCGGCUGCAAAGCGAUCGUUAAAUUAGAUUUACUUCAAAACCAUUGCAAUGAAUGUGAGUUCAAUCCUAAAAAGCCGGUCCCGUGUGAGUCGGGCUGCGGACUAAUUGUGCCCAAAGACGAACUUAAGGAUCACAACUGUGUCCGCGAUCUUCGCUCGUUCUGCGAGAAACAGACGGAACAGAUCACAAAAUUACAGCAAAACUAUAACGAUAUCAAGCGUGAGGUGAAUAUGUUGAAGGACUGCGUUCGGGCCAUCCGUGCGGCCAAUCCUAACGGCAUUCCGGCGAUCGUCGAGAGCUUCGAACACGACGAGGUCGAGCGCUGGGCCGCCACUCUUCAGAGGGCUCGAGUGACGCGAUGGGGAGGAAUGAUUAGUACACCCGAUGUGUCGCUCCAGGAAUCGGUGCGCAAAGCGCUGAUAGACUCGUCGUCUCCGUUGCAUAUAAUCAAUGAGUUGAUGGAGAACUCACACGAGCGCCGGUGGCCGCCCGGCCUCAGCACUCUCGAGAUUCGCCAAAUGAAUCGUCGUUUGUAUGAUAACUAUAUCUGUCGCCGCAUUCCCGGCCGCCAAGCGGUGGUUGUGAUGACAUGCGAUAACCCACACAUGAACGAAGACAUGCUUCUGGACCCGGGGCUCGUCAUGAUCUUCGCUCACGGCAUCGAAUGAACGCCCCAUUUGUGUAGUUAUCGCCGCAUCGAUCCAUUCAUCACAAAAUACAACUAUUUUUGCAAUUAUUUUAAAAUCAUUAUUAAAGUGAAUAUGAAAUGAAAUGUUGGACACUAUUGAACGCAAAACAGUUUUUCUCUCUCUUUAUUCAGUGUUUGGCAAUAUUUACGUUACUUUUUAAACAUUUACUUUUACUCGUAAUUCAAAUGCAAUUUGAUUUUUGGUAUCAAUUUAUUUGUUUAAUGAUAUAAAGCAAUGGAUUUGAUUUGAUCUCCGAUUCCCUAAAUUGUAAUUUUAAUGUAUUGGCGAAAGUGAAGC